ACUGUCACUGCAAAGCAGAUUGUCGUGGUGUAGCCAAAUCAACGACAAAGACGUCAUCGCGAGCAAAUUAAUCAGCAUUUAGACUUCAUCCUCGCAAACUUGCACCCCACGGCCUUUGGAACCUUGACUUGGUUCAACCACAAAUUAUCAUACAAAUUUUCAAUCUAUUUGCCUUACAUCGUAUGAUGGGCGAUUUCUACCAUCAGUAAGUAUUGUCAAUGCCGGCAUUCUCCAUCGAGAACAUCGAAAACUGCAUACAAGUAUUGGAAUACAUCGAAAACCAUCCGACAAACAUCUCGGUGACAAAGUUGCCCGUCGAAGCCUUCGUUGGACUGCGUGAAAUAGUCGAUGACCUGUCGGAAGACCAGCUGAGACAGUACAAAGCCAACAUGUUGCAAAAACAACAACACAACGUGGGAAGAAGACGCACAGCAAGAGCACAAAGCCAAGAAACCAACCUCUACGAUCCCCAGUGGGUAGUAGAACCCAACCUAUUCCGUACACACCUGGGGAGGGCAAUAAAAUAUCAUAAAGGUUUGCAAGACAGAAACAACAGGCAGCUGGCCGGAGAAGACGGCGUCAAAGCAGCAGAGGCCGCCACAGCGGCGGGAGCAGCCAAAGCUCAGGAAACACCGGCACAAAAUCAACAGCUCGAAGUGGCAAGGGCAGCCAUAAAGGCGGAACAGCAACUGCAACGGUACCAACAGACUCAGGCCGAAGCUAGACGGAAGCAGUGGAAGACACCCAUGGACUACGUCACAUUGCGCGUCGAAGCAGGCGAAAAGGGAUACCAGCAGACCGACCCUGGGCUGUCACCGUUGCAAUCCAACUCACCAACCCGCAAAACCAUCAAAUUCGGAAGAGUCGUGCCAUGCAAAGAUAAAUCGCUACAACAAGAGACAAGCGAUUACAUCGGCAGGAGGCGAUCCCACAGCUUACCGCCUGUUGAGCAACGUAUCUACACAUUAUCCCCCACACCCGCGCCACGCGGACGAACCCCUCUACCAAUAUCAGUACAAAUACCUCCACAACAAUCCCAGACCUCACAACCACAAACACCACGUAAGGGAAUGAAGUCACCGGCCAACCCGUGGUCAUCAGCUAGUUCAUCACCAUUGAUCGAUAGACCGAUUGACGAAGAGGGUCAAGACACCAUGGAGGAUACUCCACCAAAUCUACCGCAGGAACGUGCGGCGAGGCGGCAAAGGGAACGCGACAGAGCACGGGAACAACUUGACCGUGACAUGCGCAUAGCCGACCUCGUGGCGGCACUGGAUUAUUCUGGCCGAUAUGGCUUUGUCGGCGAGACGGUCGGCACCUUUAAAGAAACACUCAACAAAAUCGGAGACAGUUUCCAACGUUUUGCGGAAGUGACUUCAGCGAUGCCGAAAUCAGAGUUCCGUAAGCAGUCAGCACACGGAUGGAAAAUCCAGAAGCUGGGUUACUUCAACCCCGAUCUGGAUGAGUCAUACGGCGAGAAGACAACAAUCGGCAAUGACACAACCUAUCGCAAUGUACACAUGUUCGCAGAUGCAGUCAAAGCCGCAGCAAAAAAUCCAGCAAAGAAGGAGAUCAUCAAGGCCAACCUACCCGACCAAUUCAAGGGCGAGGCAGAAUUGUGGUUCUUCACACUAUCUGACGAAAAGAAGAACCUAUUAUCACAAAGUCUGACAGGCUUCCUCAAUCUGCUUGUCGACCGGUAUAAAAUGAAACCGGCAGAAGCCUACCUUUGGCUUGCAGAUCCGGCAAACCAUUACACUAGGGAGAAGUUGCUGGCACACGAAGACUUUCGCACAUGGUCACUGAAGCUGAUGAACGUCUGCAAAGCGGUGAAUAUCACCGACUCAACAGGUCUUAUGACCAAUAUAUACAAUCGUCUGUACCCAGGACUCAAAGUACACAUCCCCGAAGAUGCCGAAGGUCUGGAAGUCGACGACUAUCUGGACUAUAUCGAAAGAAAGGUCCGAUCACAUCGGGACGAACUGGUGUACAGCGGACACAAAGAUAAGAAGCCCACAAUCAGUCAGAUGGUGGUGCGAGGCCAGCUUCCGAUGGCGCCAGCUCUCAUUGAUGCGGCGAAGCCACAAAGGAUGCUGCAAGCAGCUAACGCAACGUACCAUCUCAACAACGACGAAAACAUCACAAUCGGUGAUGACGAACACGCAAACUAUUUCAACCCAAACCGAAGGAAUUGGCGUGGAAACGACAACUACGGUCCCAGUGACCGCUUCAAAGGUCACGCCGAACCCCGUCACAACCGUGACGAACGCGGCGACAGAAGGCCCUUUUACCGCCGUUCAAACAGAAGAUUCGGAUUUCGCAGACGUGGGCGCGGCGAUUUCCGAAACAGAAGGCAAGGACGCAACCGCCGAUUCCGCAAGUAUCACCGCACAGCAAGAUACGAAGGCAGAGCCUACAUUGCCGAAGAAAAUCAUUACUUGGACCCUAAUGAUAGCGAAUUUGACGAACAAGAACAAACCCUGAACAAAGAGGGUUUCAUCUACGUUGGUGAAGAGGAGGAUGACGGACGUUUUGUCGGAUGCGAGAAUGAUAGCAGCUCAAUAAACUCUGAUAUCGACCACUCUGAUGAUGGAUACGAAGGCCAUGCCGAGGAGGCACCUUCGCAGCCGCAAAACCGCAAAGAUAAUGAAAGUGAUGAGACACACAAGUUCGCAUGUUCGAAAUGCGCAAAGCCAUUCCCAACAGAACAAGCAUGGUUCGUACACGAGCUAUCAAACACUUGCGAAUCAACUCAACACAACGAACCAAAAAAGCAAUCAGCACAGAUACAUGUAGCCUACAAAAUUCCGGAAUCCGGUGAGAUCAUCAUGAAAGCGAAGCCCAAGAAGAUUGAGAAGAUCGACAAAGGCAUCGCAAGUAUUACGUACUGUCAGGUGAACAUAGAAUAUGAAGGCCACGAACCAACAACCGGAUGUUUAGACACCGGAGCUACUAACACAUUAGCGGAUCGUAAGUGGGUGCAAACGUACGCACCAGAAGCGGAAAUACUGACUAACGACACUCUACGCAUACGAGGCAUAGGAGGAACACUGACUUUGACAGAACGAGCAAUACUCACAUUUGUUCUGCGAGGCAACAAGCGGGGCAAACCGACACAUUGCCUUAUUACAGCGGAGGUGUGGAUCAUGGACAACCUCAAGCCAGACAUCCUUCUAGGCUCUAGCUUCCUGGCAGAGCACGGAGUGACAAUCGAUUACGGGCGCAACAAAGCUACCUUCAGCUCUUGUAACGGCAUGGAAACCGAUAUCACGGUAUAUCGGAAGCGAAAUACGAUACGUCGCAGAGUGUUGGUUGAAGCCGCAACGGUUGUGCCAGCGAACUCGCGAACACUCAUACACGUCUGCUACGCAGAUGUGGACGAGUUCGAUGACUACGGCUCAAGACGAGACUACCAAUUUAUAGCAUCCGCCAAAGGAUUCAGCAAUUGCGUGACCGAUGCAAGGUCAGCAAAGGUCGUGCCAUACACCAACCUGUCCGAUAAAGCCAUUCGUUUGACAAGAAAGCAAAAAGUGGGGCACCUUACCGACAUAGGCGAAGACGGAUUCAUUGCGACAUCUUGGGAACGAGCCAACAUGGUACAGACUGCGUGCAUCAUCCAAGACGAACAACGGACAGAGGAGAUGUCCAACAAGCCGGCACCAACGGACAACGACGAAGACAACGACGUAUGGAUAUCCCAGGAAUUCACUCUGACGGAUGACAUGAUGGCAAUGUUGCAAUCAGAAGACUGUACACCAGACGACCUUUGAAAGAAAAUUAAGAAAAAAGAAAUGUCCGAAAAUGCCCAUAAACCGAAGCCACCCACAAACAUCGAGGAAGUUAUCACGGAAGAAGGCAUACACAUAUGUGGGACAAAUAAAAAAUGGAGUGCGGAAGCCAGGAAGGCUAUUCGCGCUCACAAAGCUGUAUUCGGCAAACGAGGUAUCAUCAAGAUGCCGGAGGAAGACAUGAUAAGAACCGACCUUGUCGAAGGCUGGCAGAAUCAGAAAUUGGGCGCAAAACACUAUCCCCUAGGCACCAAAGACAAGGAGAUUCUCGACAACACAUUUGACCCUAUGCAU